UAUUAAAUUAGAGAGUCGUUUGCCGUGCUAUUUAAACCUUCAAAUAAAAAUUUUUUUUCAAAUUGUCUUUAAAAUUUUAUUUUCUAUUAUGUUUCAGAAACAUUUUUUACCUUUUUCUCUUUUUUUGUUUAAAAAAAUUUUUCUGUUUAAAAAGGAUGGCUUAUACUCGCAGAACAGCAAAUUUUGAGAAAAAUGAAACCUUCAAAAAUUCAGAAAAUUCAUCAUCAACUGCUGGAACUUCCCAAAAACCAAUGGAAAAUUUUGUUAGUUUAAGCAGCAUAAAUCCUUACAUGUUUGCUUUUUAUUUAAAAUUUUUUUUUAAUUUUUUUAGAACCUGCCCUUUAUGUAAUGGAUAUUUUGUUGAUGCAACUACAGUCAUUGAUUGUUUACACACUUUUUGUAAAUCGUGUUUGCUCAAAUAUUUUGAUGAAGAUAACACAGACUGCCCAAAAUGUCAUUAUCAAAUCCAUCAAUCACAUCCUUCACAUUAUGUGGCCUUUGACCGUACAAUGCAAGAUAUUGUUUAUAAAUUGGUUCCGGGAAUGCAGGCAGAAGAACAACGCCGAAGAGAACAAUUUAAACUUAAACAAAAGAAAAAAGAAGAGAAAGAACGAAAGGAACAGGAACAAAAUGGGUCUUUUGAAAAAGAUGAAAAUGGAGGGGAUUUGGCUUCAAAUGAAUCCUCUGAAACUUCAAAAUCGAAUGAAGAGGAAAAUAAAGGAAAAGAAGUUCCUUCAAACUCAAAGGAUGAUGAUGAAUGUUGUAGUUCAGAACAAGAUCCAUCAUUAAUGCAUAGAAGGAAUGAUGAACCUGUAUUAAUUCAUUUAAUUCCCGAUGCAAAACUUGAUCCAAUUGAUCGUUCUUUUGUUAGAUUAUCAGCUUUUGCAACCAUCAAUACUGUUAAACGUCUUCUUGCUUAUCUUCUAUUUGCUGACAUUACAAAAUAUAAUGAAUUUGACAUUUUUUGUAACUAUGAACUUAUGGGGAGGGAUUUCUCCAUGGUAUUUGAAAAUUUAUUUGUUUUUUAAAGAGGGCUGUUUCUGUGAUUUCGAGGGAUUUUUAAGGGGAUUUUGUGAAUUUUCUGACUU